CGCACCGGGCAAUCCUGGCUCUUGGUGCCCCGCGGUCUGCGUCGGGAGCAGAAAGCAUGCGCGGCGGCUGGGAGCUGGGGGCCGCGGCUGGAGGCCCGCUGCUGCUGUGCGCCGCGCUGCUGGCCGUGGGCUGCGCACUGGGCCUGCGCCUGGGCCGCGGGCUGGGGACUGCGGACCGCGGGGCGCUGGCCUGGCUCUGCUUCGACGCCCUGGUGCACUUCGCACUGGAAGGCCCUUUUGUCUACUUGUCUUUGGUAGGAAACAUCACAGAUUCUGAUGCCUUGAUCGCUUCGUUGUGGAAAGAAUAUGGCAAAGCUGACGCAAGAUGGCUUUAUUUGGAUCCAACCAUUGUGUCUUUGGAAAUUCUGACUGUCGUUCUGGGUGGGUUUCUGGCAUUGGUUCUCAUUUAUGCCAUCGUCAAAGAGAAACAUUAUCGGCAUUUCAUACAGAUCGCCCUGUGCGUGUGUGAAUUGUAUGGCGGGUGGAUGACCUUCUGCCCAGACUGGCUUAUGGGAAGCCCCAACCUCAACACCAACAAUUGGCUCUACUUUUGGGUCUAUCUGGUAUUUUUCAAUGGUGUUUGGGUUCUGAUCCCAGGACUGUUACUGUGGCAGUCAUGGGCAGAACUCAAGAAAAUGCAUCACAAAGGAUUCAAUUCAGGCAAAAAGUUUCACUGAAUUUUCAAAAUCAUGAACACCAUCAGCGUGCUUUAUGAGCCAGAAUGAAUCAAACCUCUUUGUUGGGCCAAAAUGUAAUACAUUCCAGUCUAUACUUUUCUUUUAUAUUGUCAUUCUUGAACAACCUAAUUGCUUUCGAUUGAAUCAAUUUCAAAUGGACUGUAAGGUUGACAAGUUUUGGCUGUUGUUUUUUCCAAUUAAACGGCAAUACAGGGAACAGAAUAAAUUUUAACUUGUAAUA